CCUUUCUCUUUUCUAUCUGUUCCUUUAAUUUAACCUUAUAAUAAGUCUUUGCUCUGAACUUUGAAAUGUAUUCCCUGAUGAAACUCUUUCUGAUCUCCUUCUCUCUCUUAUUUGGAGGAAUCAAUGGAGAAAUGGGUUCAAACCAGCUUCUUGGACCAAGAAAAGUACCGAAGCUCUUUGUGUUCGGAGAUUCUUACGCGGAUACCGGAAACACGAAGCGCGACACAGAGGCUUGGGCCCUCCCUUACGGUAUCACUUUCCCCGGUAAACCUUCCGGCCGUUACUGUGAUGGUCUCAUAGCCACCGAUUUUCUAGAAAAAGUGUUGGGGGCAGAAUCACCGUACCUCUAUAGAACUCACGGACGAAAGAAAAAAAUAAAAAGAGGAAUGAAUUUUGCGUUCGGGGCGUCCAAAAUGUUGGAGUCCUCUCCGAAUAGUCCAUUCCCCAAUAUAACUGCUCAGGUGAAUUUCUUAGUAGACUUUGUCCUCGCUGGCCGUGUCUACGGAGACAUUACUCCCUCCGACGUUUCUCUCAUCAGCUACGCCGGAGGCGACUAUAUCUAUUACAUCGACCAAAAUCGCCCUGCCGCUGGCUUGAAAGCAAUAGUAGAGAAAGUAGUGGAUAAUUUACACGUUAAUAUGAUAAUAUUGAGUGGCCUGCUAUUUAAGAAGAUAGCAGUAACAUCGCUUCAGCCGAUCGGAUGCCUCCCUUCUUACACCUCUGCAUCCUCGUUCAGGAGUUGCAACGAAUCACAAAGCGCAUUGGUGGAACUACACAACAAAUUGUUGAGAAAAGUCGUGGCCAAGCUCAACGAACAGUCCAGGGUUAUGAAGAAGGGGCAGCAUUUCUUUAUCAUUGAUAUUCACAACGCCUUUAUGACCGUUCUGAAGAACAAAGGGAACAAAAGAUUUAAAAAUCCGAUGAAGUCGUGUUGCGAAGGCUAUUGUGGGCGUUCGAGUGACGGUAAGAAGUUGUAUACGUUAUGUGAUGAUCCUAAGUCUUCUUUCUUUUGGGAUGAAGUUCACCCUACUCAAGAAGGAUGGAGAUCGAUUUACUCGGUAUUAGGGAAACCUUUAACCGAGUUUUUGACCAAACCGUAAAACCACAUAUUGGUUUUACAAUUUAUUCGCGAUCACUUCUCUU